AUGUACCAGACUAAAGGCCCUCGGCCAGUGGAAAAGCGCAUCCGACGGGCGGCGGCGGCCUGCUACCGGUGCCAUGGACGCAAGGUGCGCUGCGAUGCAUCGAUUCUCGGCUACCCUUGCACAAACUGCGUGCUCGAUGGCAGAACGGACUGUACUCUGCGUCCGAAUGCUACAGCACGAUUCAAGAGUCUGAAACAGAGCCAGCGUCGAAGCACUGCCCAGAAGUCGGCGAAGCCAAUUGGAGACGAACAAAACACCGUCAAUGCCAGCGAGAAGCCCAGCGAGACCACUCCUCAGCCCUCCACACUGCCGCCAGCCUCCGGGUUCCCCGAAUUGUUGGACUCGCCCAAUCAUACCGAAACGAUAUUUGAAACUGAGUCUGAUGCUUCGAGCCAGAUAUUAGAUCCCCAGCCUGUUAUCUCUCCUCGGAUGAGGCUGGACAGUGUCGGCCCUAGCUUUUCUGGGCAACAAUUCCUAGACCUCAAUGCCCUCUCUCCCCUUCCGAUGAGCGUUGUACAUAUUCUGGUCACAGGUGGCUGUCUGGACAUGCCCCCCAAAGCUGCAUUGGAUGUCUUCAUCAUGAAAUACUUCCUGCUCGUGCAUCCUUCCGUUCCCAUUCUGGAUGAAGUAGAGUUUUGGAACACGUAUCUCCAACUGGAAGACGCCGAGUACGCGCCUAAAAUUUCCCUCUUCCUAUUCCAGGCCAUGCUGCUUUCGAGUUGUGCGAUGCUGUAUGAUACUAACUCCGAGAGCAACCCCUUAGCACGAGCACAAGGCGCCCUGCUGCUGACAUUCCAUACCACAGCCGAAGACCCCGAGGCAACGAUGACCUGGAAUAUGUGCGCAAUUCACAAUGCAAUCGCUACAGGCCUCGAUCUCCAUCUUUCGGUCCAGGAACCCAACAUAAGUGUCAAGAAACGGCUGUGGUGGUCUAUUUUUGUCCGCGAUCGCUUCCUAUGGCUUGGCCGUCACCGUCGCCCUCAGUUCACGUCCGCGAAUUUCAACAUGAACAUUGACUACCUACACGAGGAAGAGAUGGCCAACGAAAUCAUCAUGUCCCCAUUUUAUGAGCCAAAUGUCAAGCGCCUGUUGCUGAAAGUGUUCCAAGCCCAAUGCCGGCUGGCCGUGAUUUUAACGGAUGUGAUAACUAUCUCCUUCUCAGCUUCGGACGGAGAUGCUCCGCGUCUAUCCCUUCAUGAACUUGAUUUAUAUCUCACAAAGAUCAGAGAGGUGCGAGCGGAGCUCACUCAAUGGGAAGAAACGAUUUACUCUCCCCUGCAUGAUACUGGCAUUGCCGAGCCGGAGAGUGUUGGAAUUAUGAUCAAUCUAACUGCCAUGCACUACCAGUGA